AUGGGAACCCCUCCUGCUACCGAUAUGCUUGACUCUAGCACCAAUAUGAAGAGUAGCAACUCGGAAAUGUCUGUCCAUCUGGAGAGUGUGCCACCAUCGCCGCCGCAGGAAACCCGGGAAUCUUUCAACCCAGAUGAUCCCCAGAACUGGCCCAAGUGGAGGAAGAACACUCAGAUCUUGAUGGUGGCUGCUCAUUCAAUGGUGGCCACCUUCAUGGCGGCAGGAAUCAUUCCUGCAUAUGAUGCCAUGGCGGAGGAGUACGGGGUCAGCGUACCAGCAGCCACUUAUCUUACUUCCCUGCAGAUCCUCUUCCUCGGUAUCGCACCUUUCUUCUGGAAACCCAUCACGAACAUCUACGGUCGCCACCACAUCCUCAUAUUCUCCGUCCUAGGCAGCAUGGUCUGCAACAUCGGGGGCGCUCGAUGCACAACCUACGGUGCACAAAUGGCCACACGCAUUCUGACUGGCAUUAUCAUCUCGCCUCCGAUUGGAAUCGCCAGUGGCAUCAUCACUGAACUUUCCGAGCCAGGGGAGCGCGCUCAAAAGCUCGGUUGGUGGACACUGUUGCUCACCAUCGGCACGCCUUUCGGACCAUUCAUAAUGGGAUUCGUGGUCCAGCAUGCCGGUGUGCAAUAUAUCUACUGGAUCUUCGCCAUCCUCAACUUCAUCCAGCUCCUCGGAUACCUGUUCUUUGGAGCAGAAACCAUGCGUGCGCCUGAGAUUGAUGGGUACGAUGUACCCAAACCCAAGCCCUCCACUGGGCUACUGGCCAAGUUCCUGCCCAGACGGAUUGACCGGCGCCCGCUCACAAUGCGCGAGCUCCUCAGACCACUCUCUUUGGCGCGGUAUCCAAGGAUCACCAUCCCAGCAAUCGCACACAGUAUCGUCUUCUCGUACGCUAACAUCGCGCUCAUCGUGGAGAUGCCUAUCGCCUUUGGCCAGAAGUUCCACUUCAACGCACAGCAAAUCGGGUUGCAGUUCAUUGCCAUCAUCAUCGGUUGCUUUCUAGGUGAGCAGCUCAGCGGACCCAUGUCGGACUGGUUUCUCCGAACCUUGGACCGGAGGAAGGGCGGACAUAUCCCUGCUGACCGGCUGUGGCUGUCAUAUAUCGGGUUUGGCACUGUCUUUGCUGGGCUUCUUGUGUGGGGUUUCCAGUUAGACAAAGCAACGUCCUGGAAUGUCACACCAUGUAUUGGGGCUGCGAUCGCAAGUUUCGGAAAUCAAAUCUGCAUCACGAUCUUAGUGUCCUUUGCCGUCGACAGCUAUAGCGCGGAGGCUAGCAAUGUCGGAGUCUGCAUCAACAUGUUUCGACAAAUCUGGGGGUUUAUUGCUCCAUUCUACUUGCCUCUGAUGUUCGAAAACCUGAAGUUAGCCGGUGCCGCUGGUGUCAUGUGUGGUAUUGUUGCAGGCGCCGCAAUGCUGCCCAUAAUCGCCGUACAGUUCGUUGCCAGUCGCUCAAAGGACUAG